ACAUCUCAGUCAAGCAAGACGCCGAUUUAAUUUUUUGGUUGCUUACCUAUCGCUGUUCUAUUCUCUAGCUUGAUUAUUUAAAUAAAAUCAAAGUACACACAUAUUAAUUAAACUGUUACAUAGUCUCAGGUUAGAACAAAUAAUUAUUUGACAUGGCAGGAUUAGAAUCUAUGGUCGUUGAAGAAGUAAAACCAAUAGAAAAACCUGUAGACAGGGAAAAGACAUGUCCUCUGCUGUUACGAGUAUUCUGCUCGACGGGUCGACAUAACUCGCUUGCUGAUUAUGCGAGAGGUAAUGUGCCACAAAAUGAACUUCAAAUUUACACAUGGAUGGAUGCAUCACUCCGUGAACUUACUGGACUUGUCAAAGAAGUAAAUCCUGAGACCCGACGUAAAGGAACUUACUUUGAUUUUGCAAUUGUUUAUCCAGAUUUGCGAUCACCUACUUAUAGAAUGAGAGAAAUAGGGGUAACAUGUUCAGGACAACGUGGUGGUGAUGACAAUAAGACCUUGUCCCAGGUUAAAUUCCAGAUUGGGUUUUACCUAGAUAUAUCUAUAACUCCUCCCAAUAGAAUGCCCCCACCCAUGAGGCGCCCACAGCCAUAUAUUAAUAAUCGUCCUUACUAAAUAAGUUUCUGUCAAUAACUAUGUACACCUAAGUUUAUUUUUUGUUGAAAUAAAUAUCAUGUUUGGUAUUA